AUUGGGCAGCGUGCGUCCACCAAAACGUUGCAGAAGCGAAAUGGAUACGUCAUCCGCUUCGGAUAUUGUGCUAAUCCAUGGCAACUCCCAUCCAGAUCUGGCCAAUAAAGUGGGCGAGCGUAUGGGUAUUAAGAGUGGCGGUUGCUCGGUAUUUCACAAAACAAAUCGUGAGACUAUGGUGGAAAUUGGCGACUCGGUGCGUGGCAAGGAUAUCUAUAUCAUACAAACGGGCACUAAAGAUGCCAAUAACAAUAUCAUGGAGCUGCUCAUAAUGGCCUAUGCUUGUAGAACAUCUUCAGCGCGUUCCAUUGUUGGCGUUAUACCAUAUUUACCCUAUUCAAAGCAAUGCAAAAUGCGAAAACGUGGUUGUAUCGUGUCAAAAUUGUUGGCGAAGAUGCUGUGCACUUCGGGCUUAACGCAUAUUAUCACAAUGGAUUUGCAUCAAAAAGAGAUACAAGGAUUUUUCGAUAUACCAGUUGAUAAUUUGCGAGCUUCACCAUUUCUAUUGCAAUAUAUACAGGAGAGUAUUCCUGAUUAUCGUAACUCGGUGAUUGUGGCGCGUAAUCCCAACAGCGCCAAAAAAGCCACAUCAUAUGCUGAACGUUUGCGUCUUGGUAUUGCGGUUAUACACGGCGAACAAAAAGAAGCGGAAAGUGAUGAGGUCGAUGGACGUUAUUCACCGCCGCCAGUAAGCAGCGGCAACAAUCGAACGCGUACCAUAAGCGUUUCAGUGGGCGUGCCAGAGCAUCCGCCAAAGGUUAAACCGCCGCUUACUAUUGUCGGUGAUGUCAAAGGACGCAUAGCCAUUAUGGUGGAUGAUUUAAUCGAUGAUGUGCAGGCAUUUGUCGCUGCAGCAGCGUUGUUAAAGGAGAACGGCGCUGGUAAGAUUUAUUUAUUAGCUACACAUGGUCUGCUUAGCUCAGAUGCACCUAGAUUGAUCGAGGAAUCUCCAAUUGAUGAGGUUGUUGUUACCAAUACCAUUCCACAUGAGAUCCAAAAGCUGCAAUGUCACAAAAUCAAGACCAUAGACAUUUCCAUUCUAAUUGCCGAGGCUAUACGCCGCAUACACAAUAAGGAGUCCAUGUCAUAUCUCUUCCGCAACGUUACGCUGGAGGAUUAAAUAUGCAUCUGCAUAUCUUAAAGAAAUGUUCUAUUAAUGAUUGGCACACGAAAUUUUGUGACGAUGGCGAACGGCGUUUAUGAAAAAGGCGUUUACAUUUUCAGUUGAUUCAAAUAAAUUGCGGAACAUUAUCGUCAUUAAUAUUAUAUAUAACACUUAUAGAAUAAGAGUUUUUUGUUUGUUGAUUUUCUUUUUUUAAUUUUAUGGUAAAUUAUUCGCGCAAAGUUAUUGAGGCGCAUACGUGCAUAUGUAAAUUAUAUAAAAAUAUUCACGAUCUUAGAGCUACAUGUAUUAAAACCCAGUUAUAGAAAAUGUUGAUAAGCCGAGAUUUGAAUAGAUUUCAAAGCUUCAGGUAUUUAAGUCAAUCUUAAUAGUUUUCCCAGCAUUGUCGUAUUUCAAAAGUACAAGUAAUUAAUAUCAUAUUUUUUGCAUCAACUUAUAAAUCGCUUUAACCAAAAACCGUUAAGAAAUAUUGUUAAUAAA